AUGGUGUGUCCCAGCGUCGCCACGCGGCCCCGACCGUACUUCGUACUGCUCCUGCAGCAGGUUCUUGGCCUUCCACCUUCUCCUGGUCCUCCUCCUCCUCCCUUAGAGGGUCCACAGCCUGUCCAGUCACAGCUACAACCUGCCUCCCCUUUGCCUGCUCCUUCUCCCUACGCUGGUCCGACUGGAGGUCUUAGUGAGCGUCGUGAGCCUGCGUCUCGUCCUGCAUCGCCUGUUCGUACUGCGCGCACUAGUGGUCGCGGUUCGCGUCAGCGUCCGCCUCCUGUCCCUGGCACGCACCGGAUGUCUCUGCGUCCGUCCACUGCUCCUCUACGUGCCCCUUUGCCUUCUCCUCCUUCUUCCUCUCUUCCUGCUCUUGCCGACCCGGAGUCGGACUCUCUUCGAGCUGCGAGUCCUACUGUCACGCGUCUCCUUGCUACUGCUGUCACUGACCCUUCUUUCGAGUCUUCUGCUGCGUCUGCCCUUGUCACUGAGCUCGUCGGCUUUGCUGCGCGCUGUCGUCUAGACUACGCUGCUGGUCUUGUCGCUGAGUCUGAGUCUACCUGUCCUCCGUCCGUCGGGGGUGAGUGUGCCCUUGGCACGGACGUCCUUGAGGACAGGCAGGAGGAGUUCCAAUGUCUGGCCGCCGCUUCACCUUAUCUCGCGUCUGUACUGCUAGCCCCUGAGGGAGACCCGGAUGCACUAGACAUCCCGACUCCGCGCUCUUACGCGGAGGCGAUAGAGGGUCCCUACUCCUCUCAGUGGCAGGCAGCUAUGGAUGCAGAGAUGGCUUCCUGGAAGUCCACAGGCACCUACGUUGACGCUGUUCCCCCUCAUGGGGCGAACAUCGUCAGUGGCAUGUGGAUUUUCAGGGUGAAGCGGCCGCCGGGUUCUCCGCCUGUCUUCAAGGCGCGGUACGUGGCUCGUGGUUUCAGUCAGCGGCAGGGAGUUGACUACUUUCAGACCUUCUCCCCCACCCCGAAGAUGACCACUCUUUGGGUACUGCUGCACGUUGCUGCUCAUCGUGACUACGAGCUGCACUGUCUCGACUUCAGCACUGCUUUCUUGCAGGGCAGCCUGCACGAGGAGAUCUGGCUGCGUCGCCCACCUGGCUUCACUGGGUCUUUCCCUCCUGACCCGUCGCUGUUUCUGCGCACCGACACCUCUCUGCCGCCGUUCUACAUCCUCGUGUACGUCGACGACUUGGUUUUUGCCACAGCUGACACUGCUGGACUCGCCUACGUGAAGUCUGAGCUGCAGAAGAGACACACGUGCACUGACCUGGAGCACAUGGCUGCACCGAAGAGGGUGUUGCGCUACUUGUGCAGUACGUCGGGCAUGGGGCUAGUGCUUGGAGGGCGCAGUCCAGUGGUCCUCACUGGGCACGCAGACGCUUCUUGGGCUGACGACCAGGCUACGCAGCGGUCGUCACAGGGUUACACCUUCAGUCUUGGUUCCGGCUCUGUUUCGUGGCGGGCUACCCGCUCGUCUUCUGUUCUCGGCUCCAGUUGUGAGGCUGAGAUCUACGCCGGGGCCAUGGCUGCACAGGAGUUACGCUGGCUCACCUACCUGCUGACCGACCUUGGAGAGCCGCCUCGUUCUCCUCUUGUUCUGUACGUAGACAACAAGGCCAUGUUGGCCUUGUGUCGAGAGCAGCGACUGGAGCACAGGACAAAGCACAUUGCUCUCCGUUACUUUCUUGCUCGUGAGCUACAGCAGCGUGGACAGUUGCGACUUGCGUACGUGGCCUCUGAGGCCAACACUGCUGAUGUCUUCACCAAGGCACUUGCGCCUUGUGAUCAUCAGCGCUGCUGCACGCAGCUGGGCCUUGUGCCUGCCUUGCCUCACUUGCUCACUUCUUGA